GCCGUUGCGUUUCCACUUCGACACCUCCUUUUUAUUUCUCCGCCACGCCUUCCCACCCGCCCGCAUACUGACGCACGCACACACCCCAAUCUUUCGGCCUCUCUCUUUCCCACAGAGAGGCGACGAACAGGGGGAGCGGCGCCGCCGUUUGGCCAGGUUUCGUCGGGCGCUUCUUCACCAGCGACUCCCCCAGGGGCCAGGGCAGCAGACGGAUGGCGUCGUCUGUGCCGGCGCCAUCGGGCUCGGUGAUCACCGUGGCGUCGUCCUCGUCGUCGGCCGCCGCCGCCGCGGUGUGCGGCACGGGGUCGCCGUGCGCGGCGUGCAAGUUCCUCCGCCGCAAGUGCCAGCCGGACUGCGUGUUCGCGCCCUACUUCCCGCCGGACAACCCGCAGAAGUUCGUGCACGUGCACCGCGUCUUCGGCGCGAGCAACGUGACCAAGCUGCUAAACGAGCUCCACCCCUUCCAGCGCGAGGACGCCGUGAACUCGCUCGCCUACGAGGCCGACAUGCGCCUCCGGGACCCCGUCUACGGCUGCGUCGGCGUCAUCUCCAUCCUCCAGCACAACCUCCGCCAGCUCCAGCAGGACCUCGCCCGCGCCAAGUACGAGCUCUCCAAGUACCAGGCGGCGGCGGCGGCGGCUUCUGCGUCGACGGGGUCGAACGGCGGGCCGCAAGCCAUGGCAGAGUUCAUCGGCAACGCGAUGCCCAACGGCGCUCACAACUUCAUCAACAUUGGCCACUCGGCGGCGCUCGGCUCCAUCGGAGGCUCCCCCGCCGUGUUCGGGCAGGAGCAGUUCGCCAACGCGCAGAUGCUGUCCAGGAGCUACGACGGCGAGCCCAUCGCGAGGCUGGGGAUCAACGGCGGGUACGAGUUCGGGUACUCGACGGCGAUGGGCGGCGCUGGUGGGCCUGUCUCUGGCCUCGGGACGCUCGGCAUCAGCCCGUUCUUGAAGUCCGGCACCGCCGGCGGCGACGAGAAGCCCAGCGCCGGGCAGUAGGGCGCGGAUCCAUCGUGUCAGGUUAUUAGUGACGUGAAGAAAUGAAAGGAAAAAAAAUCCAUGAAGUGCUGAAUUAAGACUAAGUGGAGUGCGACGAUUAUCUUAGAUUUCCAUCGUUAGGACGGAGGGUCAGUGUUCUCAGUCGAUUUUACAUGAAGAGUGCAUGCUUAUGUUGUUUAAUUGCUUGUUUGUCAGUCACCGCCUCCCUCUCCAUCCAUCCCACAAGAUGAUCCAACAUUUCAUGCAGGCAUCCACAAAGUGUCUCUGUUGGUGUAGUAGAAGAAACACGCGUGCUUAGCUUGUUCCGGGCUUUUACCACUCGGACGGACGGCUAGCUCCCCCUUCCUCUUGCUAGUUUCUACUCCAUGUACUGCUAGAUUGGCUCUACAACACUACUGAAGUUGACAUUGAGACCUGAUGGGUGUAUCUA